GCAAUUGCCUUUUUCUUGUGUUUUCUCUAAGCUAAAGCUUUUGAGUUUGUGUUGCAAUUGCUUUAGUUUUUUUUUUGUUUUUUUUUUACUAAAAAAAAAAUGAGUUAUUUGGGAAUUGGAGUUAGUCCUGGAAAUGUUCCAGUUUAUCAUGGGAAUAAUUUGAAAGUUAUUGAUAGAAGAGUAAGAGUUAUAGAGCUUGUAUUAAGAUGUGUUAUUUGUGGUUUAGCAAUUCUUGGUGCUAUUUUAAUUGGUACUGAUAAACAAGUUAAAGUUAUUUUCUCUAUGGAGAAAAUUGCUAAAUUCACUGAUAUGAAAGCUCUUGUGUUUUUAGUGAUAGCCAAUGGGUUAGCUGCUGCCUACUCACUGGUACAAGUUGUAAGAUGCAUUUUGAGUAUGAUUAAAGGAAGUGUUCUCUUCAAUAAACCAUUGGCUUGGGCUCUAUUUUCUGGUGAUCAGUUGAUGGCCUACUUGACACUGACCGCCGUGGCGGCAGCCGCGCAAUCGGCGGUGUUUGCCAAGUUAGGGCAACCAGAGUUGCAAUGGAUGAAGAUAUGCAAUAUGUAUGGGAAGUUUUGUAACCAAGUUGGAGAAGGAAUUGCAAGUUCUUUAAUAGUGAGUCUUAGCAUGAUAGUUCUCUCUGCCAUUUCAGCUUUCAGUCUCUUUCGUUUGUAUGGAAAUAGUAAAGGAAAGGGCAAUGCAAUGUAAUAUAAUGUAAUGUAACCUAAGUGCGACUCUUCAUUUCGAUGCCGCAUCCGUAUCGGAUUCUCCAAAAGUACGCGCCCACUGAUGUUUUUGAAAAGUUCGAGCAACAUAGAUUGUAACUUUGGUGGAUUUCCCUUUUGGUCUUUUUGUCUAUUUAGAUCUUUGUUUUUAUAUGGGAUGUUGUAAAAUAAAUCAAAGACCAAAGUUGUUGAGAUUAUAAUCAUUUCAUGUUUGCUUGAUUCA